AUGUUCAACCGCACUAUCGAGAAGAAUUUAGAGAAAAUUUUAGCGACUUCAAUCAAACUCCAAAAAACUACAUAUGCCUCUUUUUUCGAUAUCUUAGAAAAUAACUGGCAAGCUAUUCGAGAUGAAGGUUUAAAUUUGUUAAGUGCUGACAAUUUAUUUUUAAAUGAAGCAGAAAAUCUGAGGGAAAUUGGUGAUUGGAAACAAUUUGAGAUAUAUGCCCGUGGACAGCGUCAUGAUGAAAAUUGCAAUAAAGCUCCAAUGACUUGCGAAAUGAUAGAGAGCUUUCAUGCCGCCAGUAAAUGUAAGCGAGGUCAAGUAAAAUUUAGUGUUAUGUUACCAAAUACUCAUGUAUGGCCGCACUGUGGUCCCACAAAUUGUCGUUUACGUGCACAUUUAGGUUUAGUUAUACCAGAUGGUACUGCUAUACGUGUUGCUGAGGAGACACGUAAUUGGCAAGAGGGCAAAUUCAUUAUUUUUGAUGAUAGUUUCGAACAUGAGGUAUGGCAUAAUGGGAGCAGUAUGCGACUGGUUUUAAUUGUAGAUGUUUGGCAUCCUCAGUUAACUGAACUGCAACGCACAUAUUUAUCACCAAUUUAGUUGUAUAAAACCUUAAUGCUCAAAUGUUAACGCAUUGUUAAUAUCAAGUUCCUGUGUUUUCUCCAAACACCAAAUGCAGCUUAUAGAUAUAUUUCAAUAUAUAUUAAUAUGUAAAUCACAUUUUCACAAUAAGCAAGACCAUUUUGAAAAAAUAAUUUUCAUUUGUGUCUUAAAGAAUACAAUUUUAAAGUAAAAUUAGA